UGAUAUGAUAAUAAUAAACAAAAAGUAACAUAUGACGCUCAUGAUCCCCGCAGCUCCGUGUACAAUGGCUGCAACCAGCGUGUUACCCACCGUGGUACGAAUUAAACCCCCAAUUCGCCGUAGAUGGGCAGUUCAAGCUAGCUUAUCUUCCCCGCCACGUGGCGUCGAAGCAGUGGACUGGGUGGAAGCAACAUCAUACUUGUUUGAACAAGAUACUAGACCUAUCAUGCUUUUUGACGGUGUGUGCAACCUGUGUAAUGGAGGUGUGAAGUUUGUACGUGAUAAUGACCGGCAAAGAAAUAUAAGGUUUGAAGCCUUACAAAGCGAUGCAGGCAAAAGUCUACUACGGAGGUCUGGAAGAGCUCCUGAUGAUAUUUCAAGUGUUGUACUUGUAGAGCAAAAUAGAUCAUAUAUCAAAUCAGAAGCUGUGUUGAAGAUCAUGGAGUACAUAGACUUGCCCUUUCCCCAGCUAGCAUUCUUUAUUCAGUUUGUACCUUUAUUCAUUAGGGAUUUUGUGUAUGAAAAUAUUGCAGAUAAUCGUUACGCUGUAUUUGGUCGAUCAGAAUCCUGUGAACUAUAGGGUACUCACUUUGCGGACAUCUACAUUUUCCACCACAUCAGUUCCUGCUAAGGCUCCAAUGCUACAUGAAAAGGUAAAUUUGGACCGAGUUUAUUUUGUAUUGAAAUGCACCGACAAAUGAACCGGUUGGGCGGGGUUGGAUACUGCCUCAAAACUUCUGAGAUGAGUUCGGAUUGAACCUUGACACUUUUUGAUAAACGUAUACCUGAACGAAGAUUCGUGAAGGCUUGCAUGGACCACCAAAAGUAAUAGGCUUCAACAUGAAUGUCCUCCCUUUCGGUAUGACUAAUAAACUCUUAGCAUUUGGUAGUGAAUUGCAUGCCGCCUUCCAUGCAUUUGUAAAAGCCUGUAUAUUUACAUCAUAUAUUAUAUGGGUGUGGUCAAAUACGUACAUCAUAGAUUUGUACUAUACAAGCUCAAAACAUGCAAUCCAUAUAGUACCACUUUGAUUAUUUGACUAA